UCCACUCAUGUUGCUAGAGCCAGCUUCCAGGUUGAUGCUUUUGGAUCUUCCUUCAUCCUAGAUAUAGAAUUAAACCAUGAUCUACUGUCUUCAGAAUACCUUGAGAGGCAUAUUGACCGCAAUGGGAAGACGGUGGAAGUUAAAGGAGGAGAACACUGUUAUUAUCAAGGUCACAUCAGAGGGAAUCCAGACUCAUUUGUUGCUCUGUCCACCUGCCAAGGACUUCAUGGUAUGUUCUAUGAUGGUAAUCACACAUAUCUUAUUGAGCCGGAAGAAAACUCUGCUUCUCAAGAGGAAUUCCAUUUACACUCUGUGUACAAAUCCAGAUUAUUUGAAUUUCCUCUGGAUUAUCUUCCAUCUGAAUUCUGGCACAUGAAUACCACAUCACAGAAAUUUGGUGCGAAACCAAGAUAUAAAAGAAGAAAAAGGCAGGUCCGACCGAAUCUACCUAGGGUUGAAGAUGAAACGAAAUAUGUUGAGCUAAUGAUUGUAAAUGAUCAUCUAAUGCUGAAAAAGCACCGAUUAUCAGUUGGCCACACAAACAGCUUUGCAAAAUCAGUGGUGAACAUGGCAGAUUUAAUUUAUAAAGAACAACUCAACACCAGGAUAGUCUUGGUUGCCAUGGAAACCUGGGGUACUGAUAACAAGUUCACCAUAUCUGAAAACCCACUGGUGACUCUACGUGAAUUUAUGAAAUAUAGGAGAGACUUUAUCAAAGAGAAAAGUGAUGCAGUUCACCUUUUUUCGGGGAGCCAGUUUCUCAGCAGCCGUAGUGGGGCAGCCUAUAUUGGUGGCAUCUGUUCAUUGCUGAAAGGUGGUGGUGUAAAUGAAUUUGGAAAGCCAGAUUUAAUGGCUGUUACAUUGGCACAGUCCUUAGCUCACAAUCUUGGGAUCUUCUCAGACAAAAGAAGGUUGCAGAGUGGUAAGAAAUGCUGUGGUUUGACUUUUUUAAUGCGGUUUUUUUUCUGGCAAAGAUAUUCUCACACUUUUUCCUCUACCAGGGCCUUUGUCAGUUUUUAUAAUUAAAUAUGCCUUUUUAAAAA